CUUGAUGUUGUGGGCGAAGGAAGCGAAUGUGAAGAAGCUAGUUGUCUUACUUGAUUAUAAUUUGAAUUUAUCAAAUAAGUAUCGCUGUUUAUUAAUUUGUAAAAUAGCGUGAUAGAAAUGCAACUUUUCCUUGGUGGAUUGAUGCGCGCAGUUUAGACGAGGAAUUGUUUUCGAGGCAGAAUCAUCAGAAAUAAGAGCUGACACUUCCAAGUGACUGUCAGGCUGGGAGACAGACGAUGAGAGUGUUUGAUCUGCCAACAACUCCUGAGCUGACAGAAGACGUCUGAUGAAAAAUUACUGCAACGAAACAUCCAGUAUGGAGGACAAUGGCUCAGUCGACACUAAAAGCCCAGUGGAGAAUGGUCAGCUGCCAGAUCCGUCCAACUGGGGAGUUGCUGAUGUUGUUAAUUAUUUUAAAGCAACAGGGUUUGAGGAGCAAGCCACAGCUUUUCAGGAUCAGGAAAUUGAUGGCAAGUCUCUGCUCCUGAUGACGCGUAACGACGUCCUAACGGGGCUGUCCAUAAAACUUGGUCCAGCACUGAAGAUCUAUGAGUACCACGUGAAGCCGCUGCAAACUCAGCACCUGAAAAGCAACGCCUCCUAGCAGCGCAGCUCGUCCCACCACCAAACCUCAGCGACAAUCAUCCGUGACAGGAGACCCCAGGUUAGCUGCGGCUUCACAAAGACUUCACUGCCCACAGUGGCACCUGAAGCCAGAUUUUAAUGCUGUAUGAUUUUAUGAGCAUGGACUCCAAAUAAUGAUGUGCACUUGGCGUCCAUGCAGCUGUUUACAUGUUCAGCCAUUCUUAUCUCUGCUGCUUGAGAUGUGUAAUUUAUUUUAUGUGUAUUUUAUUUAAAAAUAUGGAGCUUUGGAGUGAGUAUUCUGCAGGUAUGAGUUUUGAGUGAUCGUGUGUGUGUUUGUGUGUGAACAAAGUUUUGUACAUAAGAUUAUCUAUAGUUGAAAAUGCUGUUUUUCCUGUCAUACCUAAUAUCUUUGAUAUACGGCGAUAAUGUGUGUUUUUUGUUCUAAACUGCACAUCUGAGUCCAUGAGUAUUCCUGAGCAUGUAACAAUGAAGCGAUUUGUUUUCCCACACACAAGGACCCGAACCAAAUAGUCUCUUGGUUUCUGCAUUCAUUAGAUUUGAGGCUCUUGUUGUGUAAAUAUCCUUACUAUGUACCUACCUGCGGUGCUUUCAACUUUGUCGCACAGACGGUUGCGCUGAAGUGUUCAUGACAGGCGCAACAUAACACUGGAGUGUGGAUUUCUGACUCUGAGAUUUGUGAUAAACGGUGCUCUUUUCUCACCAAA